GAUCGGUAAUAAUAUCGUCGCAGUGUUACAUGUGACGCGGAGUAGGGAAGAUCGUGCGCAAUGCGUCCCCCACUUAUUUAUUACGUUGUGUUUUUCACGCUUUCGAGCUAUGCUGUACAUGGAGCUCGUAUUCUCGGACUAUUUCCUCACACCGGCAAAAGUCAUCAGAUGGUCUUCGAACCUCUUCUGCGAAAACUCGCUGAAAGGGGACAUCAUGUCACAGUGGCUUCAUUUUUCCCUCUCAAAAACCCUCCGGCUAACUACACGGACGUCAGUUUUGAAGGUAUCGCUGGUGUUGGCAUAGAGACCUUCGACUUAAAUUGGUACGAAAAUCCCAGUUUGGUCCAACGGAUACCCAUAGUCGGUAGUGUCGUAAAGCAAAUAAACGAAUUUAAUCCACUAGCCGGUAUGGCGAUACACGUGUGCAGCAAGGUCGUCGAUUGGCCACCACUUAAAGAAGCCCUGAGUAAGGAAUAUGAUCUAGUAUUGUUGGAAAAUUUUAAUAGUGACUGUAUGUUAGGCCUUUUGCAUGUCUAUGGGAUAAAGGCACCUGUUGUUGCAUUGUUAUCAUGCACUUUGAUGCCAUGGUCGGCGUAUCGCAUUGGAAUUACGGAUAACCCUUCAUACAUUCCUAUAGUUAGCACGGCGUUUAAUUCGCAAAUGACAUUACUGGAGCGAAUGGAGAAUACGUUUCUGAAGAUUUAUUACAAACUGUGGUUCAAUCACAAGAUUCAACUGAAAGAGCAAGCUAUAAUAGAAAAACAAUUUGGAAGAAAGAUUCCUGAAUUAAGUGAACUUAGCAAAAAUGUGACUUUAAUGUUGACGAAUACUCAUCACGCCUUAAACGGCCCGAGGCCUCUUCUGCCUGGACUGGUAGAGGUUGGUGGUAUGCAUUUAGACCCAACGAGGAAAGUCAUACCAGAGCACAUUGAGAAAUUCCUGAACGAUUCCGAAAAUGGCGUGGUGUUGUUUAGUUUCGGAUCUUUAAUAAAGACUGCCAGUAUGCCGAAGUACAAGGAAGAGAUUUUCAUCAACGCUUUAUCUAAGUUAAAACAAAGAGUUAUUUGGAAAUACGAAGACAGUGCAGAAAAUGGAACGCUCGUCGGUAACAUAUUGAAAGUUAGAUGGCUUCCUCAAUAUGAACUAUUACGACACAAUAAAGUCGUCGCAUUUAUUGCUCAUGGAGGCUUACUGGGCAUGACGGAGGCAGUGUCAGCCGGCAAACCUAUGGUCGUGAUUCCGUUCUUUGGUGACCAGCCCGGUAAUGGUGCCUCCGCUAUGGCUGCUGGCUUCGCCAAAGUUGUAUCCUAUAUGGAUCUCACAGAGCAAGAGCUGAGCGAAGCUUUGCAAAGCGUUUUAAGUGCUGAAAGACGUCUUAACGCACGUCGCGUAUCAAAUAUGUGGCAUGACAGAGAGUCAGCGCCUUUGGACACGGCCGUGUUCUGGACGGAACGCGUUAUCCGGUGGGGUCAUACGGGGAAACUCCACUCAUCGGCUAAGAAUAUGCCCUUCUACGAAUACGCAUUACUGGACGUAGCUGCGGCGUAUACGUUAAUUUUAAUAGUAAUAAUAACAGUAAUAUAUUAUAUUUUAUUAAAGAUAUCUCUAUUAUUUGUAACUAGAGAGGGUAAACAAAAGACACAUUAGAAUUAAAAUAAUGGCUAGAAUAGACAAUUUAGAAAAUAUUUUAUUAGAUACCUAGAACCACAGAGUAUAUGUAGAGUUCUCUGUAAUGU